CAAUAGAAUCACCCCACGUGGUAACACAACAACCUAGUCCGACAAGAGUUGUGACGUAGACUCUUAUCGUCGGUAACUUACAACCACUGAUUUCCCCAAACAGCAUACUGUCCGAAAAUUCACACCCCUCCCAUCUCCGGCUAACAGCCACCAGAGACGAUUCUCUCCGCCGUUUCUAUGACUUCCAUUCUCAACACCGUCUCCUCCAUCCUCGCCUCCAGAGUUUCCUCCGUCGACCGAGUCGGAGCGCGCUCUCUCCGAAACCCGGUCUCCGUCGAGUUCACUUGCCAGCGUUCCGCUUGGUCGACGUUGGACUCCGAAUCUUCUGGGAGGAGAUUUGUUGUGCGUGCGGCGGAGACUGAUACAGAUAAAGUAAAAUCUCAGGCACCGGACAAGGCACCAGCAGCCGGUGGUUCGAGCAUUAACCAGCUUCUUGGUAUCAAAGGAGCAGCUCAAGAGACUAAUAAAUGGAAGAUUCGUCUUCAGCUUACAAAGCCAGUCACUUGGCCUCCAUUAGUGUGGGGAGUGGUCUGUGGUGCUGCUGCUUCAGGGAACUUUCAUUGGACUCCAGAGGACGUUGCUAAGUCGAUUCUUUGCAUGAUGAUGUCUGGCCCAUGUCUUACUGGCUAUACACAGACAAUCAACGACUGGUAUGAUCGAGAGAUUGAUGCAAUUAAUGAGCCGUAUCGCCCAAUCCCAUCUGGAGCAAUAUCAGAGCAAGAGGUUAUUACACAAGUCUGGGUGUUAUUACUGGGAGGUCUUGGAAUUGCUGGAGUCUUAGAUGUGUGGGCAGGGCAUACCACUCCCACUUUGUUCUAUCUUGCUUUGGGAGGGUCCUUGUUGUCUUAUAUAUACUCUGCUCCACCUCUUAAGCUAAAACAAAAUGGAUGGGUUGGAAACUUUGCGCUUGGAGCAAGCUAUAUCAGUUUGCCAUGGUGGGCUGGGCAAGCAUUGUUUGGCACUCUUACACCAGACGUUGUUGUUCUUACACUCUUGUACAGUAUAGCUGGGUUGGGAAUAGCGAUUGUUAAUGACUUCAAAAGUGUUGAAGGAGACAGAGCAAUGGGACUUCAGUCCCUCCCAGUGGCUUUUGGCACUGAGGCUGCAAAAUGGAUAUGCGUUAGUGCUAUAGACGUUACUCAGCUCUCUGUUGCCGGAUAUCUAUUAGCAUCUGGCAAACCUUACUAUGCGUUGGCGCUGCUUGCUUUGAUCAUUCCCCAGAUUGUGUUCCAGUUUAAAUACUUUCUCAAGGAUCCUGUCAAAUACGACGUCAAGUACCAGGCAAGCGCACAGCCAUUUUUGGUGCUGGGUAUAUUCGUGACGGCUUUGGCAUCAAGUCACUGAACGAGCGUGUUAUGAUGGGAGUUUUGGCCACAAAGUAAAUGCGCUACUGCGUACCACAAAUCUGGGCAGGUUGUAGCAUCGUCUAGCCUAAGAUUUUGUAAACAAUAUGUGUACCGUCGCUAGAAGUUAUUUCUGUUGUAUCAAGUUAGCCAUAUUGGGUGAAAUUGGACAAAUCGUUUCUUAUGCCCCCGUUUUUGUUUAAAUGUCUUCUUAUCUCUCUUAAAGGACUCGUGGUGUUGAACGUCAUGAAUUUACUGGGUAGAGUACGUUCGGUCUUGUUACUU